UGACAAUUAAUAAAAAUCAGGGUCAAUCGCUUUCUCACGUCGGGUUGUUUUUAAGGAACCCUGUUUUUUGUCAUGGUCAACUCUAUGUUGCCGUGUCACGAGUCACCACACGUCAAGGAUUGAAAAUAUUGAUAUCCACCGAGGACGGCACCCAAAGUAGUUCCACAAUGAACGUGGUGUAUCCCGAGGUUGGGCUCUCCGUGCUGCAAGCUGAAGCUGCGAGGGAUGCUGACGCCCUUCAGGCUAAGAAUAAGGCGGAUGCAGCCCUGAAGAAGGCGCGGGAGGCCGCCCGUCUCUUAGAGAAAGAUGUGGCUGCCAAGGACAAGGAGUUGCAGGCCGCCUGGCAAGAAGCUCGUGAGUCAGCCGAGCAGGUUGCUGCCUUUGAGAAGGCUGGGUUCAAGCUCGUCCCGGUCCUUCCCGCCCAGAAGGAUGUGGCCCCUGAAUGGCUCGUUGAUACUUCUGGGUAUGAAAAUAUCGGGGCCUUUAUGAUUGCCGCCCAGAGGUAUUGCGGAGGUGCGUUCGGCGAUGUAUUCUCGGCCGAGCUGGAGAAGGAGAAACCGAAAGACCGCCUUCGAUUCGGGGUCCGGGUUAAGCCAGCUACUCAGUUUGAGUUUGAGGUGGUGGACACAACUUCCAGAAGCUUUGUUGUUGAUUUGAAGGCCAAGACAUGCUCAUGUUGUGAGUUUCAACUUGAGCAGUUCAUAUGUGUUCAUGGUGUCGCUGUGGUGUGUAAUCGUCGCGGUUUAUCUUGUUAUGACUAUAUUUCAAAGUAUUACUUCACACAAUCUUGGGUUGCUGCUUAUAGUGGUGCGGUUCACCCUAUUGGUUCUCUUGUGGAUUGGGACAUUCCUGCUUCUGUAAGGUCUACAAUAUGCAAGCCGCCUACAUGUGAUACACGCCAACCUGGUAGACCUAAGAAGAAACGUAUACCUUCAACUGGAGAAUUUUCUUCCCGCCAACGGUGUUCACGGUGUAAAAAGGAUGGACACAAUAAGAAGUCAUGCAGAAAUCCCCUUUCAGUCCGUCGUGUUUAGUUUCAAAAUAAACUAGCAUUUGUGUUCAC